GCCUAUACAUCGCAGCCGUGAAGGUAACAAGUGGAUAACUAUGAGAGUUAACAAGGCACGAAACUACAUUUUGCUCCUCCUUCAUUACUUUCUGACCCAAACAGAAGCGCAAAUCCAAUCAUUUUCUUGGAAAAAGACAGGUCCAGGGAAGCGCAUCACGACAACCGGUGCUGUCCUGUUCACAUUUCAUCAUUACCCGGUUGUGCUCUGUUCCGUGAGAUGCUCCGACGUUCCCGAAUGCCUCUCCUUUAAUUAUGGAGGUCCCUCUGAUACGUGUGAAUUGCUCAACACGACGCCCAUUACGUCAGGACUUUCAUCUGUGUCAGAACAGAGUGGCUGGGACAUUUUUACUUACACAGUGCCAAAAAAGUGUCCCCAAGGUGGUGUUCCGGUAACUUAUGACAUUCCCCGAAACCAACUAGGACCAACUGUCGAGGGAUACACCUGUAGUGCAAAUGCCUGGAUUCUGCAACAGCAUCAGAUGGGAAAGACAAGCUGUCAUAUGGUUUUGCAUGAGGGGAAGGACGCCGGGCAGAACGAUGCUCCUAACUACAAAGCAGUCUCCAAUCCUUUCCACGAAGCUUUCCGAAACUGCUUCAGCAAUGGUUGCUCGGCUGUAGCCUGCAAUGGAGCCAUGAAUUUGUGUUGGCUGAAAAUAAAAACAGUAGAAGAAACGGGACAGAUUUUGGUGAGCAACAGCGACAGAAAUUACUGGAAAACUGUCUGUCAGUAAAAGCCACAGCAGACUUCCCUGGUUGAGGAGGCAGUUAACUUGCAAUACCAUUCUGUUGCUUUACAGUUAGAAUUUCUUCGAAGUGAGGAGCAAUUUACUGAUCAUAUACACGUAAAUUAAUACUGAGAAUUAAUUAAUUAGUAUAUCUGUACACUGCAAAACUCCAGUAAUAUAACGUUGAUGACUAGCUUAUUCGAUUAUUCUUGAUACAUUCUCUGUGGAGUAUUAUGAAUUGAUCUUGUGCGCUGCGAUAUGUAUGAAAGUGAAACGUGCACAGGACACCCAGCCAGCACUACAACUUCAAAUCACUUCGAAGUACUAAACAUUGCCUGUGGAACAUCGCUUCUUUUACUUGCCGCUUUUCACUCUUCAUCUGUUCUGUGUAAAGGUAUACUAUAAGUAUAUAAUUGUAUUUCUGACAAUAUUUAACUGAGGCAUUUACACGUGUCAGGUUUUGUGUUCUAAAUUUUGAUUCCGAAAAUCAAUAGAUAGUUGUAAUAUGAGCAGUCAUAAAGUAGGUGCGAGUAUCAAAAGUGGUUAUGGUAUUUAAUCAUUUUGUCUCCUUUCUUCCUUUCUUCCUAUACCUUCUUUACUUCCAUUUUCAUCUCUCUAGAGGAGACCUGCGGAUGAGAGUACAGAACCUGCAGUUACUAAUAACUAUCACUACUUCCUUGAUAAACAAUUAGAAAGAGUUCAACCGUGCAAGUGAAUAGGAAAUUUUUCAUAAAUAAAAUUGUAAAUAAUUGCACUUAAUCCACGAUAAUUGUACAAGUAAAAGUCUGCUUCACACCCUUGAGUAGCCACAAUGCUCAACAUGACAUCGAUAGAAAUGCUUUUUCGAUUUACUUGGAUUUAGCAAUUCAGCAAAUAAACCCAUGCAAGUCAGAGCAUAAGUAUUUUACCAGAAAUUAUUUCUAAAAAAAAAAAAAAAAAAAAAAAAAAAAAA